UCUGUCGCUCCGGAAGCCCGCGAGUUCCGGAAGCUUCGAGAACCUAUUUUCUAGUAGGAAAAGCCAAGCUUGCCAGAAGAUGUUGUUUGAGGAAAAGUUGGCCGGCGCCUAAGCUCCUAGCAAGUAUGAGGCAGGGAUUUCCCAGAAGAACUCACAGCAGCAAUCUCUACUAUCAUAGCUGUUGGCUAUCAGGUCGUGAGGGAGUGGAAGAAAGAGGAAAAGGCCCUAGAAACCAGUUUUACUUUUGGCUUUUAUGAGUUCUCUUUUGGAUUCCACAUAGACCUUUGGAGAAGACAUGGCUCCCAGAGAAGAGAUUACAAAGAGUACAAACAGAGUGCUCAGAAUAAGUCAGUUGGAUGCGCUUGAACUAAAUAAGGCCCUGGAGCAGCUGGUUUGGUCCCAGUUUACUCAAUGCUUUCAUGGAUUUAAACCAGGGCUGUUAGCUCGCUUUGAACCAGAAUUGAAAGCAUUCUUGUGGCUUUUCUUGUGGAGAUUCACCAUCUACUCUAAAAAUGCCACUGUGGGACAGUCAGUCUUGAAUAUUCAGUAUAAAAAUGACUUUUCCCCUAACUCAAAAUACCAGCCACCAAGUAAAAAUCAGAAACUCUGGUAUGCUGUCUGUACAGUUGGUGUGAGGUGGUUAGAAGAGCGAUGCUAUGAUUUGUUUCGAAACCAUCAUUUUGCAUCAUUUGGGAGAGUCAAACAGGGUAUGAAUUAUGUGGUUGGACUUUUAAAAUUAGGGGAGCUGAUUAAUUUCUUGAUAUUCCUUCAAAAGGGAAAGUUUGCAACUUUGACAGAGCGUGUCCUAGGCAUUCAUUCUGUAUUUUGCAAACCCCAAAGUGUCCGUGAAGUUGGCUUUGAGUACAUGAAUAGGGAACUUCUCUGGCAUGGGUUUGCUGAGUUUCUGAUAUUUCUCUUACCCCUCAUCAAUAUCCAGAAGUUGAAAGCCAAGCUGUCAUCAUGGUGUAUUCCUCUGACUGGAUCUCCUAGUAGUGACAGUGCGUUAGCCACCAGUGGCAAAGAAUGUUCUCUGUGUGGAGAGUGGCCCACCAUGCCUCACACCUUAGGAUGCGAUCACGUCUUCUGUUAUUACUGUGCUAAGAGCAGCUUCUUAUUUGAUAUGUACUUUACUUGUCCUAAAUGUGGCACAGAGGUGCACAGUGUGCAGCCUCUCAAAUCAGGAGUUGAGAUGUCCGAAGUGAAUUCUCUUUAGAAAUUAAAAUUGUUUCUCUUAUCAAAAUUGUAUUAUGCCUAAGUCCUUAAUAUGAGUCAUUCUAAGUAGCGUACUUAGGUGUCUUUUAUAAGGCUUGUGGUUUCCAGCUGCUGGAUCUGUUCCUUUCCAGGCUUCACUAGAAACCACUUGAUUCUCAAUAUAUUUUGUUAGUGUUGAUGUAUUGUUUUUAAAUCAUUGAAUUUAAUUUUUAGUAUUAAGAACAAUGGAGAGUUUUGUGAGGUAACAGCUGAAUAAAUUUCUUCAUUUUGUAACUUCCUAGAAAGCUCUAAAAAAUAAAAUAAAAGUAUUUUGGAGACUUUGA